UAGCCAUGACUAUUUCUCCAGCAUGCCCGCCUCCGAGACCUCCAAUGGCGAUUCCUCCAUCAUACGCAGACCUUGGCAAGUCUGCCAGAGAUAUCUUCAAUAAAGGAUAUGGUUUCGGGCUGGUGAAACUGGAUGUGAAAACAAAAUCUGCAAGUGGAGUGGAAUUUACAACAGCCGGUUCAUCAAACACAGACACUGGAAAAGUGAAUGGGAGCUUGGAGACCAAAUACAAGUGGGCUGAGUAUGGGCUAACCUUCACAGAGAAAUGGAAUACAGAUAACACUCUGGGAACAGAAAUUGCAAUUGAAGAUCAGAUUGCCAAAGGCUUGAAGUUGACAUUUGAUACAACUUUCUCACCAAAUACAGGAAAGAAAAGUGGUAAAAUUAAGUCAGCAUAUAAGCGUGAAUGCUUAAACCUUGGUUGUGAUGUUGACUUUGAUUUUGCUGGACCUGCAAUCCAUGGUUCAGCUGUCUUUGGUUAUGAGGGCUGGCUUGCUGGAUAUCAGAUGACUUUCGAUAGUGCCAAAUCAAAGUUGACAAGGAAUAACUUCUCUGUGGGUUACAAGACCGGAGACUUCCAACUGCAUACUAAUGUCAAUGAUGGGUCGGAAUUUGGUGGCUCAAUUUACCAGAAAGUGAGUGACAAUCUUGAAACUGCUGUAAACCUGGCUUGGACGGCGGGUAGCAACAGCACUCGUUUUGGCAUUGCAGCCAAAUACAAGUUGGAUUCCACUGCUUCUAUCUCUGCAAAAGUGAACAAUUCUAGUCUAGUCGGAGUGGGGUACACCCAGACCCUGCGGCCAGGUGUGAAGCUUACACUGUCUGCUCUGAUAGAUGGAAAGAGCAUCAAUGCUGGUGGCCAUAAACUUGGUCUUGGCCUGGAAUUGGAGGCUUAAAACGGUGAAGAAACUGCUGCAGAGAAGGGAUAUCAGAAGAAUUUGGCCUUAAAUUCCAAUGUGACCAGCAGGCUUUAUUUCCAAGAAGGAUGACCUAGAACAAGAGCUGUAUUUGAAGUAUUUAGACAGUUACUUGUUAGCUGGUUUCUAGUUCAAUUGGUUACCCAUCUAGUUACAAUUCUGCAUUAGUGCAGUCACUUAAACAUUAUUUAAAUGUAUUUAACUGUUUAAUGCGCUACCCACAAAUAAUGAAAUAGACAUUUAUGAAAACUGUACAAUUGUGUGCAUGUUUGUUUUUAUGUUCCUUUUAACAUUCAAUAUUGCCAUUGAAUGAAAACUGGAUCAGUGGAUGUUUUGAAAUGAGGUCAACAGUUUUGUUAUAUCACCUGAACUAGAAAUACAUUUGGUAUCCCGAGACGACUCAAAUUAUGAAUAAAACAAGUACACACAC